AACAUAAUUGUACCGCGUGUGUAUCGUAAACGGAAGCCGCGUGCUUUUCUUUACGUCUCACCGUUUGAUUGCUUUGCUUUUACGGAUGUAUGGAAGAUAAGAAAUAUGGACAAAUAUAUUGUCAAGGUACCUAGAUGCGAUAGCCACGCUACCUCUUCUGAUAGACGUAUGAAACAAGCAACCAUAACAUCUUUAAAGAGAGUUGUGACUACAGAUGAGAUUGCAUCAAUCAAGGAAAAACUGUGUGUGAAAGAUCAAAAUGAAACUGUCCUACUUGAGUGUUUGGAAAUUUUGAGUAAGAAGAUUCCUUCAAGAAAGAUUAUAAUAGAAAGCAAAAUAGGUCGCAUAGUUAAACGGUUACGCUGCCACAAAGAUACUAAAGUUAGACAACUGGCUCAGAGAGUUUGUAAAGAAUGGAACAACUUUUUCAAAACUCAAAAUAAUCUCGUUCCAGUGGAAGUAAAAUAUGACUUAGUGACAACGAAAAAAAGAGAAACUGUUAAGAAAUUCAUUGCUCAAUCUUUUGAAUUGGAGAGUAACUCUAAAUUGGUUUGUGAUCUUGAAUCCAGUGUGUUUUCCCACUGUAAAAAGCUGGUUAAUAAUCAGUACCAAAAAAUUUCCAGAAAGUUAGUUUUUGCAUUGAAGUCAAAGGAAACCCAAAGGAAUCUAUUAUCAAGAUCAAUAACUCCAAGUGAAUUAGUGCAAGAAAUUGCUGGAAAAUUGCCAACAGUUUGAUAAUUGAAUGCUUUCUACAUUCAUCUGAACUAUUUGACCAAAACAAUUUCCUUCUACAUACUUGUCUAUUGUUCAUACAUAUAAAGUCUAUACCCAUCUGUACUACAUCUGUAAAAUUUUAACACAUAAUAACUGUAUUGUUUGUAUUGGAAAAUUAUGUAAGAAAUCAAGCAACAUAUUAAUAAAUUCUGUAUAUAAAUGUAUA